AUGAGUCUCUUCGUGAAGAAGUAUGGAAAAAAUUUUAAGAAGAAUUUUUUUAAGAGACCCGCAUUUCCUCUUAUAAGAAGAUCCAAAGAUGAAGGAUCCUCACAACUUACCAUCACUUGUUAUGAAUGUGGAAAAACCGGUCACUACAAAUCGGAUUGUCCAAAUAUUCAAAAGAAAGACAAAUAUAAAAAGAAGCAAGGCAAGGAUAGAAAGAACUUCAAGAAGGCUUAUCUUGCUUGGGAUGAUGAAUCUAGUUCUUCUGAUGAUGACUCCAAAGAAGAAGCAAACCUAUGCUUCAUGCAAGAUGGGAGACCACUGGAGAAAUCAAGCAAAGGAACUCAACAUAUAUGUCUAAUGGCAAAUGAGGAUGAAUCCAAAAACAAGGUAAACUCAUCUUGCUCUACUAUUUUCCCUUCAUAUGAUGAGUUUGCUAAAAUGUUUGAAGAAAUGCAUAAUGAAACACUAGAACAUGUAAAAACUCUUAGAGCAUCAAGAAAAACUAUUACCUCUUUGGAAAAAUAA